AUGAAAACAAUACCGCCGAAGUCGCGUGUUCCCCCCGAUUGGAUUCACCCGGCGCUGCAUCGCCAGUGGCAGAGACGUGAUAAAUUGAGGACUCCACACGAAUUGCGACUUGAGGAAUUAGAUGUUCAACGAACGGAGAUGGAGGAAGCGAGCCGCCGCAUUAUGAGCAUUGUCUCAGAGAAGAAGAGCGCACUUGAGAAGUUGGAUCGUCAACGAGAGAAGGCAAAGGCAGAUAUCGAUCUCGAUGAGGCGGCGGCAGGUGAGAUAACUGGUGUUCUUGAUCGACUAACCAGUCAGAUUACUGUCCAUAAGACGUUGCCGCGGUGCGAUGCACGACUUUUAGACACCAGCGACAGCGAGAAUUUUGCGUCGGGUACUGCGCAUUGUGUCCUGAGUGUGGAAUGCGGUAGCACAUGGGGGGCUGUGGCGUCAUGUUUCCCCUGCGACAAUGAAAUAAAGCGUUCUUUCUUUUCUCAGUACGCACCUCUCUUCAAUGUCACAUCUGACGACUCAUCGGCAGCACAGAAGGUGGGAGGAGCCGCUUUCUUUGACGAAGGUUGCCUCCUGUCUGUAGACCAGGUCAGUUGCUUUAACCCGGCAUGUCCCUACUGGCACAAAGAACAACUAACGCAUUUGAAGCUUACCGCUCGAAAACUUGUUUCUCGCGCUGCCAAUUUUAUCCGUGGGAAUCGCAACAACUGUGAUGUUGCAGCCUUGUUUCACCGUUUUCGUAUGUCCAUGGAGGCGUCAACCGCUCUGCACGAUGCUGUAAGGAUUGAGAGGGAUAUGAUGAACUGCAUUGCGACGCUGGGUUGGGCGGCGAUAUUCUUGCAGAAGGACGAAGUGGCGGAAAACAAACAAGGGAGGUAUCGACCGCCACCAAGCCGUAUCACGUGGGAUGCGCCGAUUCAGUCAAAACCACACAUGCCUCUGAUGCAAAAAUUGUAUUCACUACUGCGCAACCCUCAAGAAUGUAGCGCCUGGGAGUCCUUGAUCGGCUCAUCACCAUCCACUCUCAUAGCCGACGCUGUGUCACUUUUCCAGCGUCACGUGGAUGUGCUUUCGUGGCGUUGCCUCAUGCGAGUUGCUGGCGAUACGCCGGAGCGCCUGUUGUGGCUGGCGUCACGAGGGAUUGAAAUCUUUCCAACAUCUCCGUCCAUACGCCUUUCGCACCUUUACGCCCUUCUGCACUCUGGCAACACUGCAUCAGAGUGUGUGGAUGUAUGCUUGGAGUCGGUGCGGAUUCUCUCUGUGCAAGCCUCAAAAUGCACAUUAUCCUCGUCCGGUAAGGUAGAGUGGAGUGAAAGUGUGGCGCGGUAUAUCGCUUACAUGAUUGCGAUGACAUGUGUGCGCGUUGCCCCAAUGGACGCCCAGGCGGCAAUGCGGUUGCUUACCUACGCAGUGAAGGUUCCUGGUAGGGUGUGCCUCCUUCCGCUAGCCCAGCAGAAUUUAACCCUUAUGUUGAUUGCUAUUUGCCAGACUGGAAAACUGGAGGGAAUGAAUGACCUCCCGCUGGCAUCCAUCUCAGAUGUGACAUUUGCACUUAGUGAGCACUUCCCUGGUAGGCCGCAGGAUGCAUGUGCAGGGCUAUUAUCACGGCAGUUGAACAUGAACGCCGGAUGCGCAGCUGCUGGCAUAGACGCGGAGCUAAUGGAUCGCAUGCAAUCUGCUGUUCAUCUCUCGCUGAUGCGCGCCUUCUCUUCAAAUGCCGUACUUGUGGAGAGAAUACUGACAAAAGUAAAGAUGGGCUCCGUGACUGCCAUGGCGGAGUUAUGGUGCGACUACCUUCGCGUUGUACGCCAACACGAUGGCACAGAGGCUCUUGUUUCUCUAAUUCGCCCGUUACUUGAGGAGUGCGAGUCCCCACUGCUCAUUUUGCACUUUGUGAAAAUCCUAGACUUCAACGCAGAAGAUACAACGGCUGUAGCGAGAUCUGCUGUUCAACGCUUUGCUGAGGAGAACGGUAUCGCAGUGGAAAACAUUGCCUCUUUGGCAUCCAGUGAAACCGUCACUUUUCCCGUUAGCGAUUGGGUUCCCUUUAUUUUAUUGCAUGCUAGAAGCUUGGCUCCCCAGCAGCGUGUGGAGCUGAUCUUUAGUAUCCCCCCUGUAUUAUAUUGUGAGGUACCCGAGUUGGUGUUUUUGUUGUGGUUUGAGAUCAUUCCGCCUACCCUGCUACUUAAGGAUGACGAACUCUUCCGACGGUGUGCGGAGUAUGGAUUAGUGUUGCUGCGGGAGCCGUUCCUGAAUCACUUUAGCCCAAUAGAUUGCAACUUUGACGAAAUGAUUGCGAUUCCCCACAUAGCUAGUCUAGCACUAUACCGUGCCGUGCCUGUACUGUUGGGGGCGGCUCAUCAUCUCACUGCACACUAUCGAAAGAUCGUGUUGGAUGUUAGUACUGAGUUGCACGUGAUACAUCCGUAUCUAUACGCAACGUAG